CGUUACCUCAUCGUGAUCCCGUGACUGAAGGACUCAGUUUUCACCAGCACACAAACCUGCCUGUUUCCAGCGUCUGUUCAUUCCCUGCUUUUUUAAUACCUUGGCAGCAAUGGCGUCAAAGCUAUUGCUAGCACAGGCCAGACGACAGCUAGUCCAUCGACCACCACACAUAUCUCCGAAACCUAGACUCGCGCAGUUCUCUCGCAACUUGACCACGCGGCCUCUGCUGAGCGCUUAUGCACGGCCCCGCAUAAUCGCCCCACGACAGCCAAUGCUCGCGCUGCAGACCCGGCCGUUUUCCAUUGGCCGAUUGUUUGUCACUGCAACAAGAGUUCCUGUCGUCCUAGUCGGAGCCGCUGCAGGCGGUGUUGCCUAUGUGAACCAUAAAAUCGAAGAAUAUAAGGAGAAAGGCUCUGAUCUCAUGAGCAAGGUGGAAGAGGAAUUGGAGAAAUUGUAUUCUGGAGUGCAAUCCAUUACAGGCAAUAUUCACAUGCCGUCGUUUCUCAAAGACUUGUUGGAAAGCUCUGGCAAGGAAUCAGCCAAACUAUCGGAAGAUGUACGGGAAGCUAUCACGUCUGAAGAACGCGCGGCAAAGAAGAUUGUGCUGCGAAUGCAUCAAGAUGAACUAGCAGAGUUCGCGCAAAAGCUAAGCGAGGCCGAAUCACUGCUUUCGAAACUGGAUGGAUUUGAUUCUCAAAAGGCUCAAAAGACUUUGGCGCUUCCUCCCAUUGCUGUCAUUGGACCUCAUGCCCACAGAGUUCUAAGUUACCUCGUUGGUCUUGAGCUGCCAGAGGCAUCAGACGAUACAGAAGGUGGUGACGUUGCCAGCAAGGCACCAGGAUUAGUCCAUGUCACAAUUGAAUACGACCCUGAAAUCAAGGACAACAUGAUCGUACUUGACCAAAGUACUCGAGUACCCGUAGCAGAAGCAGGAAAGCAUCCAGAAUUGUUUCAUUCGUCUUCGGAGAAAUCACCACCCCACAUCACGGUAUCCAACGCUAAAUAUCCCAGCAUGCACCUAGUGGUGCUAGCGAAUGAUUCGACGGUAGCAACGCUCAUUGAUCCUGAUGCUUUGAUUAUCGCCACGGACUAUGCCUCACAACAGACCAUCGACCCACUGGGUCGUCGGAGUGUUGUGAUCGAUGUCAAUGACGCAUAUACCCCACGACGGCAAAUAGCCCAUCAACUUGAACAAUACAUUACGCCUAUACUAUUUGACAUUGCCCGCGAUGCUAGCAAAACACUGGAGGAAGCACAAUACUCGUUCAAAGUGGAUUACGACGGCCGCUCGGCAUCGGCUGAAUCUUAUCUAGCUGGACGCAUGGAGGAACUCAAGCUUGGCAUUGCCAAACUUGAGAAAGAAUACAAUCGCCAACGUGUGCGUGACAUUGUACGAGAAGUGAUGGACCGCGAAAUGCUGACCGUGUGUGAACGAACAUGCUGGACAUCGCAAGACACCGAUCCUGAUGUUGCAGGGAGCUUGAUCACUCGAAGUGGAGUAGGACGGACCACGACGCAACUUAUGGUGUACAAUAUCAUGCAAGCUGUACAGGAUCUAGCUACGGAUGUGUUUGGUACACAGCAACACGAACAAGCCAAACAAGGUGUCAUUGACUUUGCUCAACAGAUUUUGCGGGCUCACGAACCCGUUGCCUGUGAUCAAGUGGAGAACACCAUCAAGCCUUUCAAGUAUGAGGUGGAAGUGUCUGAGAGGGAGUGGCAGACGGCCGUUCAACAAGCUGUGCAAGUGGUUGAACAGGAACGACAGCGUUGUGACCUUGAAUACAAAUCACUGUGGAAAAAUGCCGACCGAUCAGAACUAAAUGCCGCAAUGAAGCAGUUAACACAAGCAAACAAAAAUAGUGGUGGCGGCGGUGAUCUACCAUUUGAUGAUCACACCAUUGCUGUGGCGGCAAGAGCCAUUGCGCUUCGAGACAAAUUGGCGCUACUGAAAAUACGCCUCGCUGUCCUCAAAAGCCGGCGAUGUCGAUCGCUUGAGAACAAAAGCCAAUGCCAGGAGGCCUUCCUGUCUGCUGUCACUGAGAAAGUCACAUACACGGCGUCCAUGUUCCUACAAGUCGAGCUAUUGAAUGAAUUCUUCUUUGAGUUCUCCCGUGAAGUGGAUGAUCGGUUAGUCUACGGCAUGGAUCAGCAGCAGAUCGCCAAAUUCGCCCGAGAAAAUCCCCAUAUCAUGGCUCAGCUGGAUGCUCAAGACAAGCGUAGACAACUCGAAGAAGUCGUCGCUGGGUUGAAUGAGCUUGCGCGUCACCGUGUUGCUGAAACUACUUCUUUUUCAUAGUGGAGAACCUCCCCCCCCACUCCAUGUUCACAGAUGGACGGGACAUUUGAAUUUUUUUUUUUCUUACAGCACUUUUAAUUAAACAUAUCUAAGGGUCUGGGCCGUAGAUUGUCAGCACCCAGUAAUAAAAUUUAUAGCUUUCCUACACAUGCAUGUACACUAUCGCUGCUAUUACUUAAGAGAUAUAUAUAUUAUAUUCAUAUUGGUAAUGAUAUGCCCUAGUUAACUCGUCCUUUCCUCCAUUGGCUCUCCUUGACUUUGGUGGUUCUUGGGUAGAUAUGCUGGCGGGAAUGCGGUGGCAGUGUCGUACUCGGGAGGUCCAGAGAUC